AUGGCUCCAGGUUCACCUACCCUUGCUCUCAAAGUGGCCACCAUUGCUACCAUGCUUGCCAUGGUGAUCCUUCCAUCCGUGGGGAGCUCCCCGUCGCUGGGCCAAGAAGAACUAGUAACGACCCCGGCACCAGCAUCGGGUCCGGUGCAGGCGAUGCGGUGCAGCGAGUGUGGCCCACACUGCACAGAGAUGUGCAGAGUCUCUGUUCCCCCGAUGUGCCGCAAGUACUGCAAAGUCCCCAGCUGCCAGGACUGCCGGUCUUGCGCGAUCGGCAAGUGCAGGGCCGGUUGCACCACUGGUAGCUGCAACUGCGACGGCGAGGCGACCCGGUCAUGCUAUGGCUCUUGCUCUGGCAGUUCUUCGUGCGCGGACUGCAUGAGGCUAACUAGUGAGCAGUGCACGAGUGAAUGCAACGGCAAGUGCGCCACCACCUGUACGAACUAA